CAACACCACACUACUCUGUGAGGUGGCUGGGAGGAAGCACUGUACUGUAGACGCAAACAGCAUGGGGGACCUUCAGCACUUUGAGCAGGACUUCUACCCGACAGGAUAUUACAUAGAUGACCAGGGUCAGACCGUGGCCCACUACGAUACCUACGAUUCCACAAACCCUGCUUAUUAUGACACUGGAGCACAGGCUUUUGUGCCGGGUGCUCUGGAUCCCCUCAUGGAGCAGCAGUACACUGGACAGUUCUACCAACCUGCAAUGCUUUCUGGGACUGUUGGAAGCCCAGGAAUAGAUUAUUCUGAAGAGGAACCGACCCUUCUUGAGGAGCUCGGCAUCAAUUUUGAUCACAUCUGGCAGAAAACACUGACCGUGUUGAACCCUUUUAAGCCUGCAGAUGGCAGCAUUAUGAAUGAGACUGAUCUGACUGGUCCCAUCCUCUUCUGCGUUGCUCUGGGGGUCACUUUAAUGAUGGCAGGCAAAGCCCACUUUGGUUAUGUGUAUGGGAUCAGCGCUACAGCCUGUAUCGGGAUGUACAUUCUGCUGAGUCUGAUGAGUUCUCUGGCAGUGUCUUAUGGCUGUGUGGCCAGUGUCCUGGGCUACUGCCUCCUGCCCAUGGUAGCCCUCUCUACAUUCGCUGUCUUCUUCUCUUUGCAAGGCGUCCUGGGUACAGUUCUGGCCUUGUUAGGAAUUUGUUGGUGUAGUCUCUCUGCCUCCAAGAUCUUCAUCUCCACUCUGGCUAUGGAGGGCCAACAGCUGCUGGUGGCUUACCCGUGUGCCCUGCUCUAUGGGCUCUUUGCAUUGGUCACUGUAUUCUAAUAGUCACCAGAUUAAACCCGGAGGAAUAUCUUGAUUAUUCAAGCAACACUCUUUUUGAUUUCUAGCAAUACAGUUAAAAUGAGGAAAUAUUUUUCACCCCGGUCUAUUUGUGUGCUUAAAGCACUCAAGGGGAUUGAAAGGGAAUUUAGGAACUUGGUGCUAUGAUCUUUUCCUAUAUGUCUUAUUGCUUUACAGAGUGUGGGCAGGCUGGUGAAACCGCCAUGUAACCUCUUGAGUACUGUUACAAAUAAAACUCUACG